AUGGAUGCUAUGCUUAGAAGAAAUAGUGAAAACCCCGAGGCUAAUGAGGAGCCACAAUGGGUAGAUGAGCUUAUGGUGGAGUCUAAGGACAAAAUUAUUAAGGUCUCAAGUGAUGAUGAAGAGGAGUCUAUGGUAGAGUCCAAGAUGGAGGUGAUCUUAAUUGAGUUAAGUGAUGAAAGGUCUAUGGAGGAGACCAAUGGAGAAGUGGUUCAAGAGGAGCCAAGAGAUGUUCAAAUGAGUGAAGGUGCCAGGGAGUUAAGUCAACGAGAGCGUCGUACUCUUGUGGUGUGGGUGGUUUGUAAGACCCUUAGCAAGCUGCAUAGGCCAUGGCAUGAUUUUGGUGCAUAUGCAGUGCACGAUGAGCAGGCGGCAACGCAUGUUGAGCAGAUGCGUGCAGCAUAG